UUUGUACAUAUACAUAUUGUUUCCUUUAGUUGGGGAUUAAACCAUUUGGAAACGUAACACAAGUGUAGGAAAAUAUAAUAUAGGAAAAGUCAAAAUAGACUCAAUUUAGUGGUGAAAGCGAUUGUCCUGAAAGAUCUGAGAGUCGGUAAGAUAUCUCUUUUAGACGUGGACAAAACAGGAGUCAGACUAAGUAUGAACCAUAAGUGAGAGAGAGAGAGAGAGAAUGAGCUUGGUUUUCGCCAUUAAUGGACAACGGUUCGAGCUUGCCCUCUCCUCCGUGGACCCUUCAACAACUCUGUUAGAGUUCCUCCGCUACCAGACUCCUUUCAAGAGCGUCAAGCUCAGCUGCGGCGAAGGAGGAUGUGGUGCUUGUGUUGUUCUCCUCUCCAACGAUCCCAUCCUCAAAAAAGUGGAAGAUUUCACAGUCACCUCUUGCCUCACACUCCUCUGCACCAUAAACCGUUGCAGCGUCACAACAUCAGAAGGACUUGGAAACAGCAGAGACGGUUUCCACACCAUCCACGAUCGCUUUUCCGGUUUCCACGCCUCUCAGUGUGGUUUCUGCACGCCCGGAAUGUCUGUUUCUCUCUUCUCUGUUCUCUUAGACUCUCAAUCUUCCUCCUCCUCUUCCUCUGAGUUCACAGCUGUCGAAGCAGAGAAAGCUGUCUCCGGGAACUUGUGCCGGUGUACCGGAUACCGUCCGAUCGUCGACGCUUGCAAGAGCUUUGCUUCUGAUGUAGACAUCGAGGAUCUCGGUUUCAACUCUUUCUGUAAGAAGACUAGUUUGCCACGGUUUGAUAGCGAGGACCGUGUCUGUACAUUUCCAGAGUUUCUCAAGGAGGAUGAGAGUAAGUCUAUUGACUCUGGAACGGCGCUUAGAUGGUGCAGCCCGGCGAGUGUCGAGGAGCUUCGAAUUAUACUUAAAGUUUGUAAGGCUAAUGGUGAUCAUGUAGUACUAGUUGCGGGUAAUACUAGUACAGGAUACUACAAGGAUGAAAAAGAGCGGGAUUACGAUAAUAAAUACGUGGAUCUUACUCGAAUAGCCGAGAUGAGAAACAUAAGAGAAAGUCACGAUCGGGUUGAGAUAGGAGCUGCGGCGACGAUAUCUAAAGUGAUCGCUGCUCUAAAAGAGAUCAAUAAUAAGCACAAAAUGUUUGGGAAGCUCGCUUCUCAUAUGGAGAAGAUCGCCGCCAGGUUUGUCAGGAACUCUGCUAGCGUUGGAGGAAAUCUUGUUAUCGCUCAGAGGAAAGGCUUUCCUUCCGACAUGGCCACUAUACUUCUUGCAGCUGGCGCAUCGGUUAACAUCAUGAGCUCUUCGUCGAGAGGAGGAGGAUGCGAGAAGGUGACACUUGAACAGUUUCUCCAGGGACCUCCUCUCGAUGCUUAUGAUCUGGUUCUGAGUAUCGAAAUACCGUUUUGGCAUCGUCGUCGUGAAGCAAACUCUGGAGAGUUGGUGUUUGAAACCUACAGAGCAUCGCCUCGUCCGCAGGGAAGCGCUCUGGCUUACUUGAACGCUGCUUUCUUAGCUGAAGUGAAGGAUGAUAAAAAAGUGAUUAGCUGUAGACUGGCUUUCGGAGCUUUCGGAGCUCGAGCUUACACCUAAUGGCGUAAGGAAGUUGAGGAUUUCCUCUCCGGUAAAGUAAUCACUUACAACGUUCUGUAUCAAGCUAUUACCUUACUUGGCAACAUCGUUAAGCCACAAGAGGGUACAAGCAAUCCUGCUUAUAGAUCAAGCUUAGCUCCAGGCUUUCUUUUCAACUUCUUUCACUCUUUACUAAUAACAGCAGAGAAACAUGUGUACCACCACAUGGAUCAGCCGAUGUUGUCUUCUUCACAGCGUCUUCCUCCCAUAGACAAAGAAUUUUAUCCGGUUGGUGAUCCUGCUACUAAAUCAGGAGCUUCACUUCAAGCUUCUGGGGAGGCUGUUUAUGUGGAUGAUAUUCCAGCGCCCACGAACUGCCUCUACGGAGCUUUCAUCUACAGCACAAAGCCAUCCGCAAAGAUAAAAGGUAUUCGUUUCAAGGAAAACUCGGUACCUGAUGGAGUUGUUGCAGUCAUUUCUUGCAAGGAUGUUCCUAAAAGUGGAAAGAAUGUCGGUUUUAAGUUUGCAUCUUUCACUGAGCCCUUAUUCGCGGAUGAGUUCACCGUUCAUGUUGGCCAAUGUAUCGCACUCGUGGUUGCGGAUACGCAGAGACAUGCGGAUACUGCAGCUAGUCUUGCGGUAGUUGAUUACGAAACAAAGGAUUUGGAACCACCCAUCUUGUCAGUGGAAGAGGCUGUUAAGAAAUCUAGCAUGUUUGAGAUUUAUCCUUUCUUAUACCCACAACAAGUUGGAGACACAUCAAAAGGAAUGUCUGAAGCUGAUCAUCGAAUUCUCAGCUCCCAAAUAAGACUUGGGUCGCAAUACUUCUUCUACAUGGAGACACAAACAGCUCUAGCAGUGCCAGAUGAAGACAACUCCAUUGUAGUGUAUAGUUCAUGUCAGAUCCCUCAGUACGUACACUCCACGGUCGCUUCUUGCCUAGGCAUCCCUGAAAACAAGGUCCGCGUCAUAACAAGACGUGUCGGUGGAGGUUUUGGAGGCAAAGCUGUCAAAUCAAUGCCGGUUGCAGCAGCAUGUGCUGUUGCUGCUAACAAACUGCAGCGUCCUGUGCGGACAUACGUAAACCGUAAGACGGAUAUGAUCAUGACUGGUGGGAGGCAUCCAAUGCAGAUAACCUACAGCGUUGGUUUCAAAUCCACAGGGAAGAUCACAGCUUUGGAGCUAGAGAUACUCAUUGACGCAGGAGCCACUCUAGGCUUAAGCAUGUUGAUGCCGUCGAAUAUCAUAGGGGCGCUGAAGAAGUACAACUGGGGAGCCUUAUCUUUCGAUAUCAAACUCUGCAAAACGAACCUCGUGAGCAAAGCAAUCAUGAGAGCGCCAGGGGAUGUUCAGGGCACGUAUAUCGCCGAAGCCGUGAUCGAAAACGUAGCAUCUAGCCUCUCCUUGGAGGCAGAUACCGUAAGAAAGAUUAAUCUCCAUACGUACGAGAGCUUGGCUCUCUUCUACAAGAAUGCUGCUGGGGAGCCAGACGAGUAUACUCUGUCUUCCAUGUGGGAUAAGCUGGGCGUGUCUUCCAAGUUCGAAGAGCGGGUUUCGAUUGUGGGAGAGUUCAACGGGUCUAACAUAUGGAGAAAACGAGGGAUAUCUCGAGUACCGAUCAUUUAUCCGGUUUCGAUGUUUGCAACUCCAGGGAGAGUAAGCGUUUUGAGCGAUGGAACGGUAGUUGUUGAGGUCGGUGGGAUCGAGCUGGGACAAGGGUUAUGGACAAAGGUGAAGCAGAUGACUAGCUAUGCUCUCGGUUCGCUCAAAUGCGAUGGAGCUGAAGAGAUACUGGAGAAGAUAAGAGUUGUACAGUCAGAUACGUUAAGUAUGGUCCAAGGAAACUAUACAGGAGGUAGCACAACAUCCGAGGGAAGCUGCGCAGCUGUUCGUCUCUGCUGCGAAACCUUGGUCAAGAGAUUGAAACCUCUGAUGGAGAAAUCGGGUGGUCCCAUCAGCUGGAAUAAAUUGAUUUCUCAGGCCUAUGCUCAGUCAGUGAGCUUAUCAGCUAGUGACUUGUAUACUCCAGAAGAAACUCCCACAAAGUACCUUAACUAUGGUGUUGCAGUUAGCGAGGUUGAGGUAGACCUUGUGACCGGAAGACAGACCACGGUUCUACAGACAGAUAUCUUAUAUGACUCCGGAAAAAGCCUCAAUCCGGCUGUCGAUUUAGGACAGAUUGAAGGAGCUUUUGUGCAAGGACUUGGUUUUUUCAUGCUUGAAGAGUACUUAACCGAUUCAGAAGGACUGCUUAUGACGGACAGCACAUGGACAUACAAGAUACCGACUGUAGAUACCAUCCCAAGACAGUUCAACGUCGAGAUGCUGAACAGUGGACGCCAUGAAAAGCGUGUACUCUCUUCUAAAGCUUCAGGAGAGCCUCCUUUGCUACUGGCAGCUUCGGUGCACUGCGCUACAAGAGAGGCGAUUAAAGAAGCGCGGAAACAGCUAAGGAUGUGGAAGGGUGAGAAUGGUCCGAGUUUAAUGUUUCAGUUGCCAGUUCCAGCUUCAAUGCCCGUUGUCAAGGAGCUAUGUGGUUUAGACGUCGUUGAAAGCCAUUUGGAGUGGAAAUCCCUAGUUAACUCGAGUUUAUGAGUUAACAGAAAAUCUUUAUAUGCUUAAGACUAGGUGUUUCGAUAUAAUUAUCUUAUACUUAAUAUACAUAGCGUUACUAAUUCAAACACCAGUUGAUUGUUA